AAACAGUUCCCACACGGAUGGCCUUUUAAUGCCCAGGAAAUUCUUGUUUUCCCCGAACGCCCCCACACCAUUGCCCUUUUGUCUUUGCUGCUGAUCCCUUUAAUUUCUCCUCGUAUAUUUUAGCUUGCUGCCGCCGAAUCCCUCUUUGGGUUACUUAGCUUUUAGUAGUUUGGAAAACCUUAUCAGAAAGAAAUUGGGUUGGAUCAGGGAGCAGCAGUAUUAUGUCAUCAUCUUCUUCAUCUUCGAUGAUUAGCUUCGGCCUAGACGCCCCUCCGCCGACGCUGCAACAGCGCCUCCAGUUCAUCGUCCAAAGCAGGCCUGAAUGGUGGGUAUACUCCAUCUUCUGGCAAGCUUCCAGGGAUGCUCAUGGCCGCCUCGUGUUUUCUUGGGGUGAUGGAUAUUUCCAAGGGACCAAGGGUUUUGCAGGCAAAUCCGGAAAUAAGCUAAGCCAACCCAGAUUUGGGAGAAGAAGAUCGGGGGAAGAGAUUCAAUCCGUUUUCUGUGAAGAGAUAGACAUUGAGAGGAUGGUGGAUGGCGAUGUCACUGACUACGAGUGGUAUUACACCGUAUCAGUAAACCGAUCUUUUGCUAUAGGAGAUGACAUUCUUGGGAAGGCUUUCGGCUCAGGCUCCUAUAUUUGGUUGUGUGGAGAUCAGGAGCUCCAACUGUAUGAAUGCGAGCGAGUCACAGAAGCUCGAAUGCGAGGAAUCCAGACCUUAGUCUUCCUUUCGACUUCCUUCGGGGUAGUUGAAUUGGGAUCUUCAGAAAUGAUCCAAGAGAAUUGGAGCUUAGUGCAACUUGCAAAAUCAAUCUUCGGUUCUGAGAUUAACUGUCUUGGUUCCAAGCAUCCUGGCCUUGAAUCUCAGCUCCAAAUGUCAACCCAAACUGUCCCUUUUCUUGAUUUCGGCAAGGUUGCAAGUGAUCAAAAGGAGUGGAUUCUUGAUGACCGAAAGCAACAAAUUGAGGCCAAGAAGGACAAUUGCGUUUUAUUACGCCCCUUGUCAUCGGACUCCGGUGCUGAUUCUGAGAUGGAGUUCAGCGUUGGGUCGAAGAAGAGAGGAAGAAAGUCGGGGACUGGAAAAACAACCCCUUCAAACCACGUGGAAGCAGAGAGGCUACGGCGUGAGAAACUUAAUCAUCGAUUCUAUGCACUUCGAUCUGUGGUUCCUACCGUGUCCAAGAUGGACAAAGCAUCUUUGCUUUCAGAUGCAGUAGCCUACAUCAAGGAGCUCAGAUCUCAGAUUGAUAAACUGGAUGUUAAACUCAAAGUUCAAUCCCAAAAAGCCAAGUUGAAUGCCAUCAAUGUUUCGAAUAACCAAAGAAAUGCAUCCACAUUUGACAGUACAAGGCCGACCUAUGAUUAUGGACCAAAUACAAUGGAAGUUGAUGUCAAGAUUAUAGGGUCAGAAGCCAUGAUCCGAGUUCAGUGUCCAGAUGUCAAUUACCCAGCUGCGAGACUGAUGGAUGCCCUUAGAGACCUAGAGCUUCAUGUGCACCAUGCCAGUGUAUCAACCGUGAAUGAGCUAGUGCUUCAAGAUGUUGUUGUCAUACUACCUGCUGGAUUUAUAAGCGAGGAGAUGUUGAGGACUGCUAUCUUUCAGAGAUGCAGUUGAAUUUGCUGCUUCUUCACUGAAGUUAUAUAUCAAACUUUUCCUUUCUUAAUAUGGAUUAUCAUGAAGCCAAGCCAUAUAAAUGUAACAUUACUACUUAUUCUCCUCCACUUUCAAGUGAAAUCAUUUUCUUCUUGAGAGUUCCUAUCCUAUGGCCAUCACAAUCGGCUUUAUUAAUCAUAAGCUAAUCACUCUUCCUGCUUUAUAAACUUAA